GCAAAAGUUAGUUCACAGCUAGCGGCGAAGGGUAUGGCAGUGAGCAUGAGAAGGUGUUUUGUGAGCAUCGUAAGUUCUUCAGGACGACAUUUGUCUCUUCUAAGGUGAUGAGGUCAUGUAAGACAGAAAUACGUGUGCAGCAGGAGUCUAAUCGUGGGCUUUUCCGUAACGGAACGUUGUUUUGAAAGGUUUUUGAUACAGCCCCUGGGUCGUGCUGCUGUCACUGUGUCGUCAAUGGCUGGCCGUUUGCGUGUUCGACUGCUGCUGUGGCAGGCGUGUAAGACUGGAGACGUCGGAGAGUGACUCGCCCAGAUUGUGUUGUAUUAAAGCUGAGCUUUUUUACACAUUACGGAAGAGCCUGGCAUGGUGACCGUGACGGCACGCAGUCUGGCACGUGGGCGUCCAGCCGAAGAAGGACAAGGAGAGAACACGGAGCACAGUCAACAACUCCAAGAUGGUCAUCGAGGUGGUCAGGAGCAGUUCUCAGGACCACAAGCUGAAGCAUAUCUCACCAGGGGCGGUGACCAAGAGAUUCGCGUGCAUGAAGACACGCUGGAGCGUUGUGCAAUCCUCUUCCUCUUACUCUUCGGCUUGGCCGUGCUCACUGUGCUCAUCUUCUUCGUCAUGCGUCUCCUCAGAGCCAGGCUGCUGCAUAUUUAUGGACGAGGGUUGUAUUUAGACAAAUUUUGCUAGCCUAACAAGGGGCAACCUCUUCGGGAUCGCUGGGGCCAUUCCGAUAGCUUGGCGGUGAAUCCUCGGAGCAGUGAAUCCCCGUUCCGAAGGAUCGCGAAGUGUGGGCUCUAAAAGCGCCUCCAGGGGAGUCCCAACCUCUUCGGGAUCGGCUCGGCUCGGAGGUGCUUUGGAGGGGUGUCAAAAAGGGGCACAAAAAGGGCCCACUUUGACACCCCAAACGACCCCAAAAAACGCCCCAAGCUGCUGCAUGAACGAGGUUUGUAUUGAUGUUGUGCGUGUGUGCUCCUGCUUCCGUGGUAGAAAUUCACAUUCUAAAUCUAGUGCGCAGGUUUUGAUUCCAUCAUGUCUGCAUGUACUUACUAAGACUUCUAGCUACUGGAUUAUCAACAAAAAAGUUUUGUAUGCAUACUGCGUCUAACUCGUGCAGCGAGAAAGCAACAGGAAAGCUGCAAAUGCGAGGAACAACUGGGGUCGGCGUGGAAGGAGCGUAGUCGUUCUUCGCAGCAGGCGCAUCUUUAUUGAUCAGAUGGUUGGAGCGCCGAGUCGCGAUCCUGCCGACGACAUCUCUUUUUGUAGCUCGCAUCAUCUAGGUGGUGGUGGUGGUCACUCAUCCAAAAGCUCUCAACAUGAUCUUCAUGGUAACUACAAGCAUAAAAAAGGUACUAGUAGUACUUGUACUUCUUCCACUCAACAUGGUAGACGACGACAGAUUCCCGCGUACGAUCGCACCAGAGGUUCAGGGGGACUGAGUGGUAGAGGAAGUUUUGACGCGUCUUCUAGAGGAAGUUUCGGCUCUGCCUCUAUUCGGAGCUACAGCAAGACCUCCUGCUCGUCCAGACCAUCAUUGGAGGAUGUCGAAGAGGAAGACGACGAGUGCCCGUUGUUUUAUGGUUUAGGGUUUAGUAACUCUGACUUUGUUUUGUUGUCAGAGCCUGUCUGCGGGUAAAUUGAUACGCAUGUUCUACUAGUUUACUCUUCAAUGAAGAUGGAAUCAGGGAUUCCAUCAGCAAAUAGAUUUUUAAAAAGACGACGGUGAUACAUACUGAUACUUCCAAACUUCUACAGGGUUAAAUCCAAACGACCCUGCUCUAAUCCAUGCUGUAUGAGAGCAGAAAGCAGAGUCAGGAAGUACUCCAUGAUCUCCAAGAAACCACGUCAAUUCGGGGAAGUCUCGUGGACGGCGAAGCAGUGCAGCUUCAGUCGAUACAACAAGGUCAAGCACUUGAGUAUGAUCAGGAGAUCGCUGAGCGAUACUCUUAUCCUCCAUCAACAUCUCCUUCUGUUAUGUAUCCAGCUGAUGCAUUGAAUACAGGGACGAGUGGAAUAAAUGGUGACAACGAUCACGAAAAGGAAAUGAGCUGUACGGGUUUGAUAUCAACGGCGUCCACGCCAUCGACCUAUGAGGGAUCAUCUUCAACCCAAACAUCGGAGGCUUACAUUAAUAGUCCGGAAGCUUUAUCAGAUGACCCGUGUCAGCACUCGCCAGUGGUGAACGAUUCUGGGACAGCGUCUAUGAUCAAGUUGUGCUCACCACCCCCACCCCGAAGUGUAUCGCGCUUGCUGCCUAAUGGUGGUCCGUUGAUGCCGGGGGCAAAUGAGCCAUCUCGUCACCUCCAACAGCAAAUGCCGGCUUCCGGAAUUUAUGGCGACUUGGAUCAUGUUGACCAAGUAGUGCAGGCUCAGCUGAGGAACCAACUUCCGGGACACCCACAUUCGGGACAUCCGCACUUUCCGCAGAACACUUCCCCUCCGCAGCAUAGUUAAGGCUCUACACGACAGCUACAGCUGUUAGACUAUUAACUUGGCUCUAAUGCUAUAUUUUUUUGUCCAAAGAAAUUGAAUGAUCUUGGUCUUCUUCGGUUCAAAACAUCACUUCCUUCAAGGGCUAUGCUCCUCUGUUUCCUGCUUGGGAAGCUGAAGAAAUGCGCCUAAGAAGUCUGUCAACUGCUUUAGGCUCUAAUACGGUGGAACAUUCGCCCCUGGUCCUGCUGCUGUGCUUUCUAGUGGAAAGAUAAGAGGAGGCCACGGGCAGCAGGCCUGUCAAUUUGGUUCUCAAUUUAGCACUGGUGGCAACAACAUGGGGAUGAGUCAACAUCAACACCAACUGCAACAGCCUACCGGCAGUCCGUCAAUGACGAACCAGAAUCUUGCACACUCGCCUCCUUUCAGUGAUCCGCAUAAACUGCCGUUUCGAGGCCGCCCUAACUGGUCAGCACAGCCUCAAUUUCCAAAGGAUGCGAAUAUGUUGACCACAUCCUCUGCAGGAGGUAACAACUCUCUUCAUCGAGGACCACCCCCGGCUCCCCCCGGAGCUCCUCACCAGGCCUUGGAGCGUAUUUUCCGACAGCAGAGGGAGGAAAUGGUGAUGCAAAACAAGGCCAUGGAUGAGGUGCUGCGAGUGGUGACGCGUCGUCUGGGCGUCCGCCCUCAUGACCUCCCUCCAAUCACGGAAGAGGAGGACGAACCUUCCUCUAAUACGGAAGACGAGCGGGUGGAGGAGGAGAUUCAGAGCGUGUUUAUGAUGUAAUAUUAAGUAGUUACAAGGAUUUUUAGCGUGCUAUCCAUAUUCUAAUACGCAAGUGAUACGACAGGAGACAAGAACUGUGGUCGUUUAUAAAUAUUCUUUGCCUAUUUAUCGCUGUCGUAGCUCUUCUUAGUAGGAGGUACUUACUACUUCACGGAGCGGCCUCAUACAUAGAUGCAUAAUGCUAUACAAGAGGCACCAUGACAUGGCAUGACGUACAUUGCUGCUCAUCGAGAUCUAGAGGUGCUAAGAGUUUUACCGUUGCGGGCAACAAAGACCUUUUGAACAGUAUCAAAAAUCUUUAUCUUGAUCUUUUUACCUCUAUGUAUCAAUCAGAAAUUUUUUUCAUCUAAAACCACUGCUGGAAAAGAAGGGAGCCUAGAACAGCCCGCGGAGGACGAUGCAGUUGUAAACGCAGAAGCAUCGCCGGAUGAGGAAGCUGAAAAAAUAACAGCAGACUACGGUUCGCAUUGUCAGGGAUUACAUGGUGCCGGAAUUCAGGGGCCUGAGAAGGAAACAAGCAAGGCAAACGACCCACCAGCAACCGCAGAAGGUGAAGAACCUGAUAACAGAGUAGCACUGUCAACAAGUCCUCGCGACAGGAGGAGCCCAACUCCUAUUCUCCAGUCAUCCAACGAAAGAACAUCGGGGGGCGAAAAUGCCACGACAAAGACCGAGAGUAACGUUGUUUCGAUGGCUUUUGGCCCUGGCAGCAAUACCCCGAAUGCAAUUGUACCAACAAGAACAUCUACUAGUCCCAUCAAGGUGGAAAGAAAUAGUCGCGGCAACAGAGAAAAUACGACAGAUCAUCAUGUGCCACAACGAAUGUCUCUGGCAGGAACAGGCUUUCGUACAAUCGUACGGAACAAACCUGGAUCUCCGUUACAACAGCAAGUAUGGUCUAAACCGCAACUAGCGAGCAAUCCGGCCGCGGGGGCACGUAUCUAUUUAUAUUUUGGGCAAUUGUUGUUCUCAGACCCUAAUCGGUUUUAUUAGAGCUGUAGUCCGUAAACGUAAUUCAUCUUUCAAGUGCAUCCUUGAAAAGUAUGGGGGAGUAUUUCGGAGCAAUGUUCUGUCUACAUCAGAUAACUUUCAAGUAGACUCACCGUAGUGGAGUGUAAUCAAUCCAUUGUUCAGGUUUACGCCGCGACGACCGAGCCUCCGCAGCACCGUCUUCUACUUUGCAAGGGAGUACGAAGAGGGGUGCCGAAGGUCGAUCUAUCCGCACGAGCGAACUGUACUUAAGGGUAGGUUAAAGGUGCUUUUCUUACCGCUUUUUAUGCCUCUCUCCCUUAGGGAUGAGAAAGGCAUAAAAAGCGGGGGAACCCGCGAGCACCAAAAACCUACCUCUAAUGUACUAUACCGCAGAGUCGCAUACCCUGAGUAGCGAGGAAGACGAGGUCACUGAUACAACACUAAAUGACAUCGAUGAGGAAGAUUCGAUGCUCAGUUCGUGA